GCAAAGUGUCAAACCCCCAUUGAAGUCUAUGGUACCUGCGCCGCUGUUUCCAUCACAUCUCAACCGCAAGCAAAGAUGGCCGCGUCAUAAGUAGUUUUGUAGUUCCGAGACGAGACGUUUGUUUACGAGCGCAAUCACACCGGACUGGAUAUCCGGCUGAAGCUAUAUAUGUACAUUCACAGGGAUUCCAAAGCAAUGCAUUCCACCGACAGCCCCAAAUGCCUGGGCCACAAAUCCCUGGCAAUCUGUUGCCUGCUCCUCCAUCUCUUCCUCUUCCCACAGCCAGCGGCAUCGCAGACUCAAAGUUCGCCACGUUAUCUGCAGAAUGGGGAUAACGACAACAACAACAACGAUCGCCUGCAUCAGAUUCUCAAGGGAUCGGGACCAGUAUCGAGUGUCACGCAGCUCAAUUGGCCACAGCCGCCCAAACAGUCGAUUACCGACGUCAAGACUGAGCUGGCCAAACUGAACAGCACAUACCUUUACCAAAACGCCUGGCCGGCGAACAACGUGAAGCUGGGAGCAGUCACAGCCGUGAGCUUCGACAAGGCCGGCAACGUGGUGAUCUUCCACCGUGUAGACCGCAUCUGGGGACAGACCACCUUCGACAACAGGAACGAGUUCCAGGAGCGAUACCGUGGUCCCAUCAGGGAGAGCACGAUCCUGGCGCUGGAGCCCGCAACGGGCAAAGUGCAAUACGACUGGGGCAAGAACUUCUUCUACAUGCCGCAUGGCUUGACCGUGGACCCCGAGGAAAACGUUUGGCUGACGGACGUGGCCAUGCACCAGGUCUUCAAGUUUCCGCCUCGUGGAGGCGAUGGCAAGCCACUGCUUACUCUAGGCGAGGCCUUUAAGCCAGGCUCAGGCCGGAAGUUCUGCAAGCCCACCUCAGUGGCGGUGCUGGACAACGGCGACUUCUUCGUGGCGGAUGGAUACUGCAAUGCCCGCAUUCUCAAGUACUCGCGUGCGGGCGACCUAAUCCUCUUCUGGGGACAGAACACCUUCGCCGGCGUGUCCUACGACGUGGCGCCACAGAACUUCUUUGCCAUCCCUCACGCCCUGACCCUCGUUCCGGAGCUGGGUCUGCUCUGUGCGGCGGAUAGGGAGAACGGGCGGGUGCAGUGCUUCUUGUCCAGCAACGGCUCCUUCCACUCACAGUACCACAGCCAGCUGAUAGGGGACCGCCUGUUUAGUAUGGCCUACACCCCGGCAGCGGGUGGGCAGCUGGUCAUUGUGAACGGACCCACUGCCGAGUUGGGCAUACAUCCCGAGCACUACAACGAGGUCCACGGCUUCGUGCUGAACAUGCGCAGCAAGCAGCUGGUGUCCAAGUUCGGGCCCAAUAACCUGCAGUUCCAGAAUCCUCACGACGUGGCCGUCACAGCCGACGGCAACGAGAUCUACGUAGCCGAGCUGAAUCCCAUGCGCAUCCACAAGUUCGUGCACAGAUCGCUGGCCAAGCCGAUGUCCUUGUCGGCCACCAAGGAUCCCGGCAACAGCGCACUGAGUAAGACUGUGGGGGAGGAGCAGGCGCCGUCGACAACGGUGCAUCAUCCCAGUGGCAAGGCCAUCCUCGUGGCCUCGCUGAUGCUGCUCUUCGCCGGCUCCACCUUUGCGUUGGCCCUACUCUUCGCCCGACGGAGGAAACGAGGUAACCAAGCGAUCAGCUCCGCUCCGCCCAGCGACCUGGUCUACCGCAAGCUGACCGCUUCCAACCAGAGUUGCCUGCCAUUCGGAGCUCGCAGUCGACGCCAUGCGUGGGAGAAGAGUGAGGGCUUUAAGCUGGGCGGACUGCUCGAUCGAGACCGCAAUGGCUUCGAGAAGCUGGACCAGCAGGCCAGUGACGAGGAGCAGGAGACGACGACGCUGGCCAGCGCCCAGUUUGCCUAGGCGAAGGACCAAGACUUACGCAAGCUAACGAAGCAUUCCUAGUUCUAACUACCUGUACCUCAUGGAACUACCGACUUAGUUGUACUCGAGCUAUGUGUGACAUUUAGUUGUGAUUUUAGUUUUUGUUUUAAAGGGGUGCAUUCCGCAGAAAAUUCCGAUUGUGGAGUAGAUAUUUUUGAAUAUACAAAAGGGGAUAUAUGUUAAGUAACAUUUUUAAAGUUUCCUUAAAGUGCGUUAGGUUUUAAAAAACACCAACCAGUUCUUUUUGGUAUUUUAUAAUGUUUGGAUUUCCAAAGGUACAUAUAUACAAAUAUGUAAAUCCAUUAGCUCUUAUCCAAACUCCACAGACUUUAGUCGUUGACCUUUUUCUCUUUGUACAUUAAUGUUUAAAAAGUAAUGAAUUAUUAUUUUAGGAAAAACAAGAGCCUAAAAAUGUAGUCUUUUUAUAAAUGUUUUAUUGACCCGAUCAU